GGGACCUGGCGGGGGUUGAGGUGCUCGCGGCCCGAAGCCCCACCCAACCCUGCGUCUCCCCACCCGGUGUAAGCUGAUCCCCUCGCCGGGGCGGUGCCGGGCACCCCGCGCUCCCUUCCCGGGGCUAGGAUUGAGAGAGCCCUGUGUUUGAAAUUGCACUAGCCCUUUGUCAGCUGUAGUAUUAUUCGUCCCCCCUCCCUUUACUCCACCCUAAGGGGUACUGCAGGUUUGGUUCUAAUCAUAAGAGGCCGGUUUGGCAAGUCCCCAGACACUGGGGGUUAAUGACCAGUAACCUGCCCUAGGCGCUGGAGGCUUUCUCCUUGGGAAAAUAAGGCCAGCAUCAACAGACGUUGUGAAGAGUUUAUACCCCAAAUUCCUGUCGUGCUUCCUAUUUUAAAUCCUAUUCAACUGCAAACAACGAUAGAGCUGGAAGGAUUUGAAAAGUGAUCCACUUUAAUCCUUUUUACAUCUGAGAGAAGGGAGACCCUGAGACCUUAGGUAACAGGUCCAGAAGAAACGAAAAUCCCAUUCUCUGUACUUGUUCGCCUGAAAAGUAAAACCGUUUAGAGAGUGACUGUCCAACAGUUCAACAAACUCACAAUUUUUCUCCCAGAGUGAAAUGGCCAAGAUCUAACAAGAAGACAGUGCCAAAAAGGAUUAAAGUCAAGUUCUCAACCACAGAAAAGCUUCACUGGCCUGAGCAGGAACUUGCUAAGAAGUCUAUUCUAAGUGCAGAAGAGUCAUUGGUCAUUGGCGACGACAGGAGCAUUUCACAUUUGUCUCCUGGAGUCCUGAAGGACAUUUUCACAACCGGAACCAGUAGUUACAAUGUCCUCCUACAGAGUAAAGAGGAGAAAAAGCAUCAGUCGCAAAAGCAGUCUUCCUCCACAUACUCCAAAAGAUGCAGAAAACCCAGCAAAUCUCCUAGCUCUUCUCGUAGUAAGGACCUUCGCAAGAUGAAAGCCCCAGUGCCGGUGAUGAGCGCUGGUCCUUGGUACUGCCUAGAAAGGCAGCCUGCUGUCUUUGUCACUAGUUCAGGGUCAAAUCCUGUGAAGUUUACACCUGGUAUCUCUGUUACAGGGAACAGCAUAGUACUGCCACCUAAACCCAAAAACAAGGUCAAGCGAUGCCAUUUCUCCACUCUUCCAAAGCCAAAGCCACAGCCUCAGCUGUCUAGAAGUUUUGAGAAAGGAGAUGACUCCUCUGGAAAGAAAUUUUGUAUACUGACUGCUAUAAAGCCCACCAACUUGGAGAAAGAAAAACUGAGAUUCUUCAAGUCUGACUAUACCUACAAUCCACAGUUUGAAUAUGCUAAUUCUUCUCUGCCAGGUGUGUUAGCCAAGCACAGCAGCGCAUCUGAUCGCUUUCUUAAGCAGUCCAUCAAUAUUAUGGAACUGACUUUACAGAAAUAUGGAAGUUAUGAAAAAUUCGAACAGGCCACCGGGGGCAGCCUGCUAUCUAAAACGCGCAUCUGGAGUCACGUCAGGAGGUACAUGGUGAAAGAAGGCUGCAUGGGUGAGAUUGUCGUUCACCUCACGGAGGACCUCCUUUCACGAGCUUCGAUGACGGUAGUUAAUGGCUGCCCGACGCUGACCAUCAACGUCUCCACUGCACGGGAGCACUGGCUGGAAGGGAUGCUGAGGCACGAAAUAGGCACUCAUUAUUUUCGUGGUAUUAACAACCUUCAGCAGCCGUGGAACAGCUGGACCGGCCGUAAAAAGCACGAGCUGAAGCCAAACAAUCCCACGGAGGAAGGGCUGGCAAGUCUUCACAGCGUCCUGUUUCGAAAAGACCCCUUUCUGUGGAGGGCUGCCCUCCUCUACUACACUGUCUAUCGCGCCAGCCAGAUGUCUUUCUGCGAACUCUUCAGAGACAUUGGAAAGUUCGUCAAGGACCCCGGUACCAGAUGGGAUUACUGCGUACGCGCCAAGAGAGGAUGGACCGACACCUCCCAGCCAGGGUGCUUCAGUAAAGACCAGGUGUACUUGGAUGGCAUCCUGCAAAUCCUCCGAUACAGAGACACCAUCGACUUCCACCUGCUGACCGCCCUGGGGAAGGUCUCUUAUGAAGACGUGGAUCGCCUGAAAGGGUUGGCAGUUACUGAAAACACGAGGGUCCCUCACUUCCUGCAGGACCGUGACCGGUACAUGGAACACUUAGAGAAGAUCAUGGAAGUGAAUGAGCUGGCCGACAGGGAGCUGAAGGGUCUCAUAUGUUAACUCGCGUUCUCGCGGACCCAGCUACGCUGGAUCUCCAUGUAUAUUCUCACGUAGGUGCACUUAGCACCAGCAGAUUUAAAAAAGAAGAAUGACUGUUUACAUGAGUUUUCUGAAGAAUGAUCUGCAGUAUUCAGCUGAAUCUUUAGGUUAAGUGCAAACCUUAAGCUAUUUCCCUGAAAUGUUUCUACAGGCUACAAGGGAAGGUUACUUGUUUUCAUCUGACUCUGUCGAGAGUCACAUGAAAAUACUGCUGAUGCAUAUUUUUGAAGGAUCCUCGUCAAACUGAGCGAUGACUUUCCUUCUUCCUGAGCAGUGUGGUCUCAGGGCUGCAGCCUGGGCACCACCAUCAGCUUCAACUAGAGGUUGAAUCUAGUGCUGUUAGACGCCAUGGUGAUAGUUUAUUUGAAUAUGGUCAUUAUUUUCCUUUGAAAAAUUAGUUUUGUUAUGCUUCCCAAAACUAGCUAUAUCUAAGACUUCGUAUUCCUCUUAAGGGUGUAAUGUGAAGGCGGAAGCAGUCUAUGAGUUUUCAUGAGUCCUUUAUUUUACAUGUUAUUAUUUCACCUCGCAAAUUUAUAGGAACUAACUUGGAAAGUUAUCUCAUUUUGUCCAGUUAUCCCUCAACUAAACUCUGUUUCAUUUGCUGAAACAUACUUCAAAAUUUUAACCAAGUUUGAGGGUCUUUCUCUCUCUGUUCCUUUAUGUAAAUGGUAAGUACAAGUUCCAGAGAGGUUUCUCUACCUAAAAUAGUUGGGUAAGAGAGGAGCUACUCAUCUUUUCAUUAAAUGGAGCAACAGACGAGGGGCAGACUAGCAGCUGGUCUGCUUCACGUAGGAGCCGGAUGUUGAGUGGGUGGCAUCUGUAGUAAACUUGACCAUGCUCUGAAAAAUAGAACUUCUGGGCGUUGCCAUUUGAUAAAACGGCCUAUUGAUAUCAGCCUGGUGUAUUUUAUCAAAAUCUUUGACUUUAUCAACCCAAUAAGGACAGUUUGAAUUUCAAAAAUGAGAGUUUGCUUCAUUUCUCCUGCCAAAAGCCUCUACACUUAGCUUUAUAAUUUAUCAGUUUUGACAUAUACCUGCACAUACAUAAUUGUGAUCAAAUGGUUGUUCAGACAACUUAUUUUAAUGAUCAGAAAGGCUACUGUAAACACCCCGUUCAAAAUUGCUACUGUAAUUUCUAAAGCUGUUGGAGAGUUUAUCUUUACCUCAGUUCAGGCUUAAAUAUGGUGCUAACACUGGUGGAUGUAUGUAUACUGCAAUGAUCGGUCCACAUUUGUGCUAGGAAAUGAUGUAUUGGAAAUCUUUUGCAGGCCAAGUUAUGUGAUUUUUCUCAUUCACAUAUCUAGAGGGCUUGCUGUAGAGAAGAAUGUUGUAGCAAACAGGAUGUUCCCUAACUGGUGCCUGGCAGUUCUUGCAAAGCCAGGCAUCUUGCCUUUGGCUGGAGUGGGCCAGGCCUGUGGAGCACUGAGGGCGCCCAGACACGUGUCACGCUGCCUGGAGUGUGGCCUGCGCAUCUCGCUGCAUGGCACUCGCCAGACACCAGCAGACUGUUCUUGACCUUGACCCCUCAAGCAUCAUUUCCUUGUAGCGGAGUCAUCCAGUUUCAGCUUUGUGUGGUGUUUUCUGACUUCAUCUUCAAACUUAACAAAGGUUAUUGUGAAACAGUGUCUUAUUAACUGGAAUUGAAGUAUAGACAGAAAUGGCAAUAUUUAUGUCCUGUGACUUAAGCCCAAAGCUUGUAAAUUCAACAUUUGUAGGUAAUUAUACUGCUAAUCUUAUGUUAUGGUUUAAAUAUAAAGGAAAAUCACAGCAGCCUUAAUUUCCUAUUGGUAGGGUGAUUUGCAGUGGCUAUAAUCUCCAAAUUUUAAAAUGGAUAUAUAUUUCUCUCUCUGUGGAAAAGGAAAAACUUUCUUGCCUUAAUUCUUUGGUAUAAAGACAAAAAACAUGAGCACUAUCUAGACAAAAAAAAACAAAAAACAAAAAACUCUAAAUCACAAUGAUUGUAUUGAUAUUUUAAAAGUUAGCAAUGAACCAAAAAAUAGUUUCAGAUUAACAGAGAUACUUAAAGAGCUCUAAGCUUUAAAAGUUGGGAUUGAAGAUUUAAUUAAUGUUUAUUAUUCUCUUUCCCGAAACUGCAUUAAGGUAGUU